GCCGCGGCCGCCACCGCCCGAGCCUCGCGCCGCUCGCCAGUCUCCACUCCACUCCACUCAGAGGCGCGUGGCGGUCGCGCAACGCCUCAGCCGCUGGCUCCAUAUCACUUUUACUCGAUUGAAAUUCGCAAACCGUGCCCGCGCGGAACUGUCACUUUCGCUCCAGAUCCCCGACCGGUCCCAAUUAUGAUACCAUUGUGAUUCUAACCAGUGAAGUGCGCCCUUAAGCUGAUUUCAGCUACGUCCCGAGAUCUCAAAAUGCCCCAAUGGGCUAGCGCAGCGGAGGGCGGCGGUUCCGAGGCCGAGUCGCCGGUGCAGAUGACGUGUUACGAAGACGAAACCUCCGAGUAUUAUGAGAACAAACCCGACAUAGCUGACAUGAAGAUAGAACAAGCUGGUGAAUUUUACGACAGCGCAAGCGGCAGCGAUGAGGUGGUGGUCCGUCGGGGCUGCCGCACGCGGCGGGCGGCGGCCGGCUCCUCCUCAUCCGCCACUUCUGCUGGCUCCGGCACCGGCCGCCGCCGGCGAUGCGGCAUCUCCGCCCGGGAACGGAAUCUACGCCGGUUGGAGAGCAAUGAACGGGAACGCAUGCGCAUGCAUUCACUCAACCGAGCUUUCGAGGACCUGCGCCGGGUAAUUCCGCACGUGAAGAAAGAUAGCAGAAGCCUCUCCAAAAUAGAAACCUUAACUCUUGCCAAAAAUUACGUUAAGGCUCUCACAAACGCCAUUUGCUCUAUGAGAGGCGAGGUGCCUCGUUACAAUUUCGACAGUGCAGAUGAAAACGUAGAGCCAGUUUUCGUGUUGAGCCGCGACGAGCAGAACAACAACGAGCCAACGGACGAACCCCAAGAGACGGAGUCAAGCGUCCGGCCUCUCUGACCCCGCGGCCCGACCAACCCACUCAUCCUCACCGCUCAGUCAAACGUUGCCACUAUGCUCUCGAUUUAAUAUUAGUAAAUUAAUCUAUCUAUAUCUAUAUUCGUUGCCAAAAAUACUUAUAUAGGUAGCUACUUAUAGACAAAAAUAAACAGCAGGAUUAAUAUAUGGAUACCGUAUGGGAUAAUCUUCACUUAGGUAAUCUCUAAUAUCUCCUAACCGUGGAGCACGUAAGUAUGUAGAAAGAUGCAAUGGAUGCAAUUGAUUCCUUGCACGAAAAUGCAAAAAAAAAUCCAUUUGAACUCCCCGGUGAGAGCGCAUACCGAUGCCGUGAAGUGAGAAAUAUGACCCUUACUUACUGCAUCGCCUCGUCCAAACCUGCGUUAUAAUUUGAUUGGGACCCGCCCCGCUAGCCCAUAUAGAAAUAUGUACCUAAGUGCGAGAGAGACGAAUGUUUUAUAUCGGCUGUAAACUUAUCGUACUACCGGAAUUAUUCUUGACUUCUGAUAGUUCUGAUUCUAGCUAGUGCACGGCCGUUAAUUCAAAAUUCAAUCAAAUUUACGAACAAUGCUUAGACCUUGCUUAGACUAAAUGGAUAAGUGGAUUUGAACAAAUUAACUCUGUACUACCUAUACAGUGUGGAAAGAUAAGUCGGGCCCUGGAGGGAAACUACCUUAAAUCCUUAAGCUGGCUCAUUUUACUUAAUUAAAGGAGACAUUCCUUUAUUUUUAAAAAGAAACAAAACUGCAUUCAAAGAUUUUCUAAAACUCGCUUGCCUCGCCCGGGACUCGAACCGACUAAAAAUUCCAAAAAAUAAAACUCGCAAUUUUAUUCUACUAGUCGAUACAGUUGAUGUUAAUGAUAACAUUUCUCCAAGGAACAUUAGGUCUUACACUCGUCUGUCGUACAAAAUAUCCAUAAUAUCUAAUAUUUAGUACUCAAGAUUUUUUUAGACAAGCCAAAUUGAAGAAAAAAAGAAAAAUACUUUAAAUGCAGUUUUGUUUCUUUUUAAAAAUAAAGGAAUGUCUCUUUUUAGUAAAAUGAGCCAGCUUAAGGAUUUAAGGUAGUUUCCCUUCAG